UCUCUUCUUUUUUAGGACAAACUCUUCUCUAUCUCUUCUUUUUUCUAUUAAAGCUUUCUUAUCAUCAAUCUUUUCCUCUCUUCAUCUCCUCUCCUCUCCACUAAACAAAACUUUUGUAGCUUCAUUUCCUCAUAAAAUUAACAACUUUCACCAUCAACUUCACAUGCACUAAAUUCUUCAUAAACCUUUAUUAAGAGCUAGAUUAAGUGUCCCUUUCACUUUGUAGAUCCAUCACUUGCUCAAAGGUUACUAAAUUUUAUUAGUUUAACAUCUCGACCGGAUCCAUUUAUUGGUUUCUAUGGAUUUAGAGUUUCAAUAUCAAGAAGAGUUUUGGAGAAAUUCAAGGGGAGUGCAACUUUUCACUUGCAAAUGGUUACCUUUGUCUUCUCCAAAGGCUCUGGUUUUCCUCUGCCAUGGAUAUGGCAUGGAAUGCAGUCGUUUCAUGAGAGAAUGUGGAGUGCGUCUAGCUUGUGCGAGAUAUGGAGUGUAUGGUGUGGAUUAUGAAGGACAUGGAGGUUCUGAAGGUGUUCGUUGUUACAUUAAAAAGUUCGAUAACAUUGUUAAUGACUGUUAUGAUUUUUUCAAAUCAAUUAGUGUGCUCGAAGAGUAUAAGGGAAAGGCUAGGUUCUUGUACGGAGAGUCCAUGGGUGGAGCAGUUUCCCUACUUUUGCAUCAAAAGGACCCUUCAUUUUGGGAUGGUGCCGUUCUUGUCGCCCCCAUGUGUAAGAUAUCAGAGAAGGUGAAGCCACACCCUGUAGUGAUCAACAUGUUGACUAAAGUAGAAGAUAUCAUACCAAAGUGGAAGAUUGUUCCCACAAAAGAUGUCAUCAAUUCAGCCUUCAAAGACCCAGCCAAAAGAGAUAGGAUAAGGAGAAACAAGUUGAUAUACCAGGACAAACCAAGGUUAAAAACAGCAUUAGAAAUGUUAAGAGUCAGCAUGAGUCUUGAAGACACCUUAUACAAGGUGACCCUGCCUUUUUUUGUAUUACAUGGAGAAACAGAUACAGUAACAGACCCAGAAGUAAGCAGAGCAUUAUAUGAACGAGCAAGUAGCAAAGAUAAGACAAUAAAAUUGUACCCUGGAAUGUGGCAUGGUUUAACAUCUGGUGAGCCUGAUGAUAACAUCGAAAAAGUGUUUGCAGAUAUCAUAACAUGGCUUGAUAAACACGCCAACAAUGAUGCUUAUAAUGAAUCUUCACAACCAAUUGUUGAGAUUUAUGACAAUGACAUUGAGAAAUUGAUACCAGUUGCAACACUGGAAAAGAUAGUAAAGCAAACAAACAGAAGAAGAAGAAGCUAUCUUUGUGGAUUGAAAGGAAGCCGUUUCACAAACCUCUCAGCAAAUUAGACAGUUGCAAUGCUCCAUAUAUAAAGUGUGCCUUUUCAAAUUUUCACUUUGAGUAUAAGCUGUCGUGUUAUUCACUUUUUAACUUUGUUUUAUUGCCUUUUGCAUCACUACUCAAUAAUUGAUUGUUAGGCCUUUUUUUUAAGAUCUUUCAUACAGAAACAUUAUCCUACAAGAGUUUCUCUA